AUGGCCAUCAAAGGCGCCACCGAGGCCCUCGUCGCCGCCUUCACUUUUGGUCUUGUAUUAUACGCCGCGACGGCGGCCCUCCCUCUCUACGCAAAAGGUCAUGGCACCGCGAUACUCCGGGACGGCCAGAGGCUGGUCCUCGUCGGUUUUCUGUCCACCGCUGCCCUGUGGGCACUCACCAGUUUUAUUUCUAUUCUUCUCCAUGUCGACAACUCGUCCAUGCCUUGCCAGGUCGGCAUAAUAUUCGCUACCGUUUUCGACCAACUCGCCCGAUUCUCCAUUGAACAAUACCUAUACUGGGCGCAAAACAUGGGGGAGAAGGUGUCCGCCGUGCACAUAAUCCCCCAACUCCUAAUUCUCGGCCGACUUGUUGCUGGAGGCGUAUUUGUUGGAUUCACUCGACCUCAAACCGACUCUUUCUGCGUCGCUGCCUCGUCCCAACUUCCCAUCUCGAUUGUCGUCAUCUCCUUGGACGCCGCCAUUCUCCUUUGUCUCAUCACACGCGCCUUGGUCCAGAACACUACUUUUCACACCGAUUCUCAGGCGAUUAGGCGAAAGGCGCUUUUCUGGGUUAUGUUAGGUUUGGCUGUGUGGAUUGCGACCAGCGUAACCCUGCACCUUGGUUUCCGUUAUGUUGCCCUUGUGGCCAGGACUGCUGUGCCUGCCAUCGGCCUAAACGUCCUAAUUAUCAUCCUUACGCUCUGCUCCGGCACCCUCGGGUCGGCCAGCAUAGUGCGCGUCAAGUCCCCCGAAGCGAUGUCGCCUCGUCUUGUCGAAAUCAGCCGCGAUAUCUCCUCAUCCGAAUCCUACUUUCCCGACGGUAAUGCCAACUACCAAGACGUCAAGGACGCAGCCAUCAGGUCCGAGACAACAUUCAUCAAUCCGAGAGAGGCACCAGCGACAAACAACAGCCGACCUACCUAUGGACUCCCGGCGAUUUCGCUGCCCAUUACUGGAGUGGCUGGCAUGGGCGGAGUUCCUAUCCAAGGGCAGCUGUUUCCACCUAUCCGAUCAAAUACCGCCCCUACGCUUCCAAGGACCAGGUCGGUCAAGGCUGCUGUUGGUCUCCAUAAGAAGGGGGCUUCGGCUGGCGGAAAGUUGCAGAUCAGCAAUCCCGUUCUCCAGGACACCGGCAAAAACCCACUUGAUAAGAUUCCUACUGUGGACUUGGAGGACGCCAUGAGGGCAGAGCGGGAGCGAAGAGAGAAAUUGCUCAGGCAAACGAGCCUCGCCAGGAGGGAGAUGACUGCACAGGAUCCUAGAGAGGGCGUAAACAGAGCUCUGAGCGUGAAGCGGAAGGAGGUUGGAUCACCACUUUCGUCCGGCUCUUCCCUCCGUCCGGACAGCAUGGGUACGAGUUCCUCAACACAAUUGUCGCCAGAAACGGGUGGAAUCAGACAAAGGUCACCGCGCCAGUCGCCAGAACUAUCCGUGCUCUCAAGGCAAUCCAUAUUCCGAUCCGUGUCCCCUCCGAAGGAUUUCGAACCACUACCGAAUCUCGAUAUCCGUCCUUCGAGACAAUUGCCUCCCUCUCCUCCCACGCCACCACAGGAGAGGCCCCUGACCGCGCUUCAAAGGCGACCUACUACUGGCUUGCCAUCAAACCCCAGAGCUAGGGCAUUGAAGCUGGAACAAGAUGCACCUGGCCCAGAACGCCAGCAAACUGUUCUUUUCUUCAACAAUGUCAUCUUUGACGACCCGGCCCUCGUACACGAGACCCUGCAGGGCUCUAAUAACAAGAUUGUCGACAAGCCCCAAUCUCCUGGAACGCCCGAAUCGGUUGUACACCGACCUCGACCCAUUCCCAGAAAGGUCGCUGAUCCCAAUCCUUUUGCCAUUCCCGGCUCGGGACACAGGAGAAGCAAAUCUAGUGGUUCACUGGUCAAGAAGUCCAUGACGCGGAGCAUGACGGUCACUGAAAAGAUCGCACUCAUGUACCCUGGUGAGGUGCCAAAUAAGCUGCCAGCAGUUCCCGAAGUUCCUGUUGCCAGGUCCUACCUUCAAUCUCCUUCCUCGGUUGACUCUGAGGAGGUUCAACAGCCCACCCAACCAACAAAAACCACAGUCAAGACUGAGAACGCUCCUACCUUUGUUGAAGAGCCGAGAAAGGCCCCCGAAUACAAGUACGACACGGAUAUGGCGGCGAAGCGGGCAUCAUCCCCGGUCCUUCCUGUCAAUUCGGUACAACGAGAGUCAAUGUAUAGCGAGGGCUCGCAAUCGCCAGAUGAGGCCGAUACAACCUGGAACUCGGUCCGCUCUACGCAGGUCAGUGUCGGACUUGCUGUGGCCCGACCUCUUCCUCGGCCAGUGGUAAAGACCGUACGUGAGGAUAUCGACACAAAGACUCACCUUGACGUCGCCCCGGCCAGUCAACAACCUGCAAAGGAAACGAAGCGCCCCGAGUUCAAUACUGCGGUCGAUAACAAGCCUGCGCCCAAGCCAACUUCACCAGUACAAGCUCGCCGGAUUGAAACACGGUCAUGGUACAGGCCGAGCUCCCCGCUCGAGUCUCCAGAACAUGCACUGCGCCAGAUCCAGGAGCAGCUCAAGAAGUUCGAAGAGCCGGUAACUAAGGCUUGCCCAAAGGAUCACACUGAGCGCCUCGCCCUGCUUGAGGACUUGGAGAAGGAGAUGGGUGUUCACGAGAACCACUGGCAGGAAAUGAAGCAUGACAUGGGUCGUGAUUCGUUGUGCAGCAUGCAGACCAACUCUCCGGCAAACAGGAACUCACGAUGUGAUUCUACCGUUGGCAGCAUUGUGAUCGGUCACGGUCCAGCUGUUGGUGCCAUGGCCGCCGAGCGCCGAGCUUCUCGCCAGAACAUGUUGCGCAACAGCGGCAGCCACAAUCCCAGCAGGCUCUCGAGGGAUGCUGUCAAGUCACACAUGAGCAUCUGGCAGAAGCGUCUGACCGAGGCACAUAUCGACUACAUGGAGACAGCAGCGGAAAGACUCCGUCAUCCCAGCGCCAAUUACUUGCCUAUGCCAAUGCCUAAUGUCCAGCUUGGUAGCCCUACGCCUCCUGACUCUGAUGCUUCUGGUGAUGAUGAUUCAGUGCUGUCCGCCCAGCUGGAUGCUGUGUCGAACUGGUUGUCCAAAAAGGCCGUCAAGACCGUGUCUCUGUGGGCUCCGGUCCCGGAGCAGACUAUUGUCGCCGCAACCCUUUUGUGGACGCCUGUUCCCAAGGCUUCACCUACAUCCAUGAUCGCGACACCAGAGGCUGAGACUUUCGUUCGUCCCUUGGCCCGUAAGGAACUGCCUCCUCUUGAGAUCACCAGCACGCAGUUGUGGUCCAAGCCUACAGUGAAUGUGAAGCAGACCCCUACGCUCUGGACGCCUCCUGCGUCUGUGAAGGUUGCGCAGACCAAUGCACUGUGGGUGCAUGUUCCAAAGACUGCAAGUGAAUGUCCUACGCCUCUCCCCGAGGCCGAUGCAUUUGUUCGUGCCGCCACGAGAAAGGUUCUGGCUCCUCUUGAGAUCACCAGCACUCACCUGUGGAAGAAGGCUGAACCGGAAAAGAAGCCUUCACUUUGGACACCGCCGCCCAAGGUUUCCGCCGUCACGACGAACCGUCUGUGGUCACCGCUUCCCAAGGUUCUCGAGGCCCUUUCACUCGUAGCUGAUUUCCCAGAAAUAUUUACCCGUCCUGCGGCUAGAAAAGAGCUCGCUCCCCUCCAAAUCUUCUCCAAGCAUCUCUGGCGCAAACCAUACACCAGCACCAAGGACACUACCGGACUUUGGCGACCUUCCUGGGCCUCCGUCGCCCCUCCUGCUGAUUUCAAGCGUCUCUCUUUGCAAGAAAUUCCCCAGCCCAAACGUCAAAAGGCGCCCCGACCGGUAACGCAACGUCCUCCUCGUCGCAACAAGCGUGUCAGCGCUCUCCCCGACAUCCUCGAGAACCCCCAGCCUCUUCCCGACAAGCGCGGCACCCUUGGUAUCUUCCAAUUCCCCUGGGGCGAGAAGUCCGACACUGCAACCAUGCCUCUCCCGCGUCCCUUCGGUCGCUCCAUGCCCGGCACCAUGAGCUCCGGCGUUCCCCUCCGGGCGUCGUACACUCCCGACUACUCCGGAACCUCCUUUUUCGACGACUAUGACGAUGAAGAUCCCGAGUCUGACUACGAGCGCGAGGAAAGCGAUGAUGAAGACGAAUUCGACGAGACGACUCUCUGGGAAAUUGCCAGCCUUCUCAAUUCGGAUGCUGUCCCCUCGAGGAACAGCCUCUUCCUUUCGGCAACUCCUGCUUACAGCGUCGAUGAGUACUACGGCGGCGGUGGCGGCGGCAGCAACCAUCAAGAACAAUCCGCAUCUGCGUCCGCCACCGACAUUGACGACGACGACGAUAAUGAUGAUGAUGAUACUUCCAGUGAGCAUGAAAUCCUGAUCGGCCUUGGCGAGGAUCCCCAUGAUGGCGAAGAACAUGUUGCUGAACAAUAUGACCACCAAGGAUUUUUGGUGCAGGACACUGCCGGCUCCACCCCUUCAACCCUGGACCAGGGAGCCCAGGCCGUCGUCGCCACCCGGGCGGCAUUAGCCGAUAACUCGGCAUCCGCACCGGCUCCGCCCCGAGUGGAGACCAGCGAAAACCAAGCCGUGGAGACGCGCCUGCAAAUCUCGACCGGCCUAUGGAGCCGCGCUGAAUCACCCGAGAAUAAGACUUUGUCUUUACCUCGCGCGGCCGAAACGACAAAAGGUCUCUUUGUCCUGGGCUGCCGUGAGUCGACGUUGUCCGACAACCGCACCACCGAGCAGCAGCCGGCCGCCGUCAACAUGCACCGCAAACCCCGGGCCACGGCUGCCGACUCAUGGAGGCCAUUGGAUAAGCUCAUGUCCAACAGCCUCUGGACGCCCGAAGAGGCUGCUGCCAAGGGCGUUAGCAGGCAGGUGUUCCAGCACUGGCUCACUCUUGGCCUAGCCGCUAAGGCUGAGACCGAUAAGGCUUCUGCUUCUGCUUCAGCUGUUCGCCUGUCUCGUCCUCAGGCUACCCCCGCGGAGUGGGACGCCGCUCUCAAGGAGGCUCUGAUUGCCAGCGGUUAUCCCCUCAACAUCAAGUGCCGCACUGAGACCGGCCGCAUCACCGCCACCUCUGCCGACUGGGCUGCUGCCCUUGAGGAGGCCAUCCAGGCUUCCAUCAUCAAGGCCAUUGUCCCGGCCUUCAACUCGGCCAUCCGUCACCCCGUCUUCGCCGGUUCAUCCCUCAUCACCACCUCUGAGUGGUUCCACCCUGCCGCCACAGGCUACACCUACGACGUCGCCUGCGUUCACCCCAUCUUCUUCGGCUCUCUGGCCAUCACCUGCCCCGAGGAGUCCGUCCACCCCGCCAUGUCGGCCUACGCUCACAAGAAGCUUCGUCGUCAUCGGCGUUCGGGAUCGUCUGCUUCCAAGUCUCACUUCCGCUCUGCUAGCACCUCCUCCACCGCCUCGCGCAAGCACAGCCGCAGUCACUCCAGCAGCAGCGGCAAGAAGCGUCGUGAGUCCAUCAUUGCUCAGAUCCACGCCAUCGAGGCGGAGAUGGGUCUCAUCCCCGAGGAUUCUGUCGUCGUGCCUGAGGUCCCCUCGCUCGAUGAGAUCGAGGCCUCUCGCAAGGCCAAGAUCCAAGCCCAGAUCGAGGCUCUCGAGCAAGAAAAGUCGUUCGCUGCCCAGAUGGCCCGCGAGAGCUUCGUGACUAGGCGUCGCGCCAGCUCCAGCGUGUCUCGCGCCACCACCGCCAGCGGCACCACCAACUCGGAAAGCGACGGUCCCGCAUCCAUGGACUCUUUUCCCCUGAGCCUGAGCAGCCAACGUCCCUCCACAGCCACUAGCGUUGACUUGGAGCAUGAUGUUGAUCUUGAUCAGGAGGAUAAGUCCAUCGACAUUCCCGAGGUCCCUGAGAUCCCUGAGCUCACCGUCUCCUCUCCCGAACCCACCAACAACGGCCUCUGGACCGCCCCCUCCCCCCUUCCCCAGCCCAUUCCCAGUCCCGUUCCCACGCUGUGGACACCUCCCGCCUCUCCCGCUUCUUCCUUCGAGUCUUACGAGGAAGCCCUCCCCUCUCCUAAGUUCCUCUGGCAACCUAAGCCCGGCAAACCCGAGAUCAUCGCCAAGACUGAUGAAGAUCGCGAGGCGCACGAGCGCAGGGCUUUGGGCCGCAAGGGUCUGUUGAUGAAGCAGCGCAAGGCGGAGAUCCUUGAACAAAUCAAGGCGCUUGAGAGCGGUGAUAUUGAGGGUGUGAAGGAGAAGUUCAAGAAGCAGGGACUUUGGACGAAGAAGUCUGAGGUGGUCAAGACCGAGAAGGACUGGUCCGUCACGCACUCAAGUGGUGAGCUUUCACCUUAG